AUGGACGAAUAUGACGAACUAUUCGAGGUCGAGGAUGACUUCGAGGACCAGUUCGCCGACGAGCUGGAGGUUCUGGCCGAAAUGGAGGGUGAGAGGAGAUCCGAACAUGGUUCCGAAUCUGCUUCUGUAGAGAGUAGACUUAAAAAGAAACUCAGUCUGAGAUUAAAUAUUCUUUCACACAAUAGUUUCACCAAAGUUUCUCUCUUAGACCCUCGUCAUUAUUUAAAGCUGCUGUAAGGGAUUUUAGCGGAUAAACAAACAGACUCAGAUUUACUUUAUUAAUAUUACUGCGACUUUAGGACCCACAACAGCAAACAAGACAGAAAAGAUCUCUGUUUUUUCAUCUUAGACCCUGCUGUGAGCUGUGAACCUUAAAAUGAUCAUUUUAACUUUGACAGGAUGUUACAGAGAGUAGGAGAAUGUUUCAUCAGGAUUAACUAAAUAGACAUGUACAGGUUAGACUAAAGAUAUUUCUUCAAUUGUGGCUUUUUUUAUUUGCAUCCUUUUAUUUUCGUUGUAAGUAACUUUUUUUUCCAUCGCCCCUUUUUUUUUUUUUUUUUUGUUAGCAGCGGGCUUCUGUUUCAUUUUUUUUUGCAUCGGUAACUUCCCCCGUGACUUCUUUUUUUAUACAUUCUUUUUUAGUUGCAGCAGUGGCCACCGUACAAAACGAUUACAAAUACAGAAAAACAUGGAUGUUUAAAGAGUGGGCUGUGUUUAUGUACAGCCUACAUUUCUAUUAACAACAGUAAUAGAAUUUUCAGUUGUUAGUUUCUGUGUCGAUUUGUACAAACGUUCGGACAUGAUUGUAGACAUUCACUAUUUCAGUGUGGUGUAUGUGUCAUCUCAGGCGUCUCUGUGUUGUUGUGUAUUCUUGGAUGAAUCAGAUUUUGUCUUUAUAAGUAAAAAGAGUUUGUAAGAUUGUAGUAGAAAACUCGACCCUGAGAACCUGGAUGAUUUUCGGCACAUUUUUUCAGAUAAAGAUGAUCAAGCUAUCAAAAAUGUUGUCACUUUUUUAAUUUAAAGUAACUGAAUUUUACUUUAUCACUCACUACAUGUGCUUAUCUUUGUGUGAAUGGAUCAGAAAAAAACACAAAGGUAGGAAAAGGCCAGCAGCAGCAGGACACCUCUGACAUCGAGCAUCUCCUGGACGAUCAGCCGCUCAGUAAGUCGACCGUCAGACCCUGAGGUUGUUGUUGUUGUUUUCCUUGUUUCCGUGUUUUUGCUUCCUCAUUGUGACUUUUCUUCCUCGCAGCCCCAAAGGCGAAGCGGCAGAAGCAGGAUGUGGGAGUGGUCAAACGUCUUUUUAACGCAGCUAAAGAGAGCAAAGGCUUGUCAAAGGGAUGUGACAUCACACCGCCAUCCUCUCCAGAGCAAUAUGAACCCUCUGACGCCAUCAGGUACAGGAAAUGCAUUUUGAGUAUGUAAAAGAGGACGCAGUUGAUGUUAAAGGGAUAUUCCUGCGUAAAAUUAACUCAUGGUCAAACACAGCUUCACAAACACAGCUUUCAGCUUUUCUUAGUUUUGUAGCUGCUGCAUCAUGGGAAUGUUUCCUGCCACAAGAAUCCCAGUGUGACGUUUUCAUCUCAUCACCAAAUGUUUCAGACAUCAGCAAACAAACUAAUAUUUAGUUCUUAGUGAGACCGAGUGCAUCAUAAAAAAUAACAGAUAAACUCUUAUUAAAUAUUAAACCACGUUUUUGUCUUACUUUGGUGAACUUUGACUAUAUUCUGGAUCCUUGUUUUCUCAUGUUGUAUUGAUCCCUGAGGUGACAUUCAGGUUUUACUCUCUGCUGUUGAAACUUGCUGCACAAACACAGGCUGAAAUACACACAUGCACCUACAGGAUCCUCUGGAUAUGCGCUCAUGCAUUAUAGAUAAGGACUAAAACCGUGAGACUAUUCUAACUGGAUGAGAACGGCUUAUUUCUAAAUCGUGUCCCUGAAAAUCUUUCUAGGUCUGCCUCAGCCCUCCUGGAUCUCAGCGGCUUGGCUACCAUCCCAGAUACUCCUGCCCGACCUCCCACGGCGGCUCCGGCGUCCCUGCAUGUGCUGAAGCGUCCUCCUUUAGAGGGAGAGUUCAUCACCGUGACGGACUCUUCAGGGAGUCGGGUCUACCUCAGACAGAAAGAAGAGUCGGAGUCAAAGGUUAAACUCCCGACACUUAUUCAUCCGCAACGACCACUUUAAGAUCGCACAGUUUUAUUUUCUUACAUUGAUCUGCGUGUGUGUGUGUGUGUGUGUGUGUGUGUGUGUGUGUGUGUCCAGGUGGUGGAAUCCAGGAUGGUACCAAACUCCCAGGGUUCUCUGGGGCUGCUGGCCGUUCCUGUCGGCGUGCUGAGAGAACAGGAGGCUGACAGGGUGAGUGAUCAUCCGUCUGCUGCUGUUUGUGUUGAAUCUGCCAAGUUCAGCACGUUACCACACAAUAACCACGUUUUCAUGUUUCAAGGCUAGACACACACGCUGGACUGGACAGUGUUAUUAAAAUAUUAAGUGACGUUACAUCCGUGUCUUAACUUUCCUGGAGUUCAGCAUGGAAGACCUUGAGGUGUCUUUUUGGAUUCAUGUUUUUUUCCCCGGUUAUUUUACGGUCACAUUUCUCCCUUCUUCUUUUUCCACGACACAUCCUGUUUUGUUUUCCACUUGUUGAAGUGUGUCCAGAUAUCAUUUCUUAUUUUUGUCCCCGACUCACCCAAAAACGUCUUUGCCCACCGCAUCUAAAAAUACCGCGGGUUGGGGAAUUGAGGAUUUGACAGAUAUGGUGGUCAGAUAUAAUCUGGUUUGAUCGAGCAGCUGAAGAGGAAGAGGACAUGUGGAGGGAAAAAUGAGGAAAGAUCUGCAGGAAAGUGCUCGUAGAUGACUCGACCACCAGGACAAGAUCAGCAGAGAAAGACGUGUUUCCUCUUUGUGCACAGAGGGUCCCAGAAUCCACCAAGAGGUAAAAUGUCCUCUCUUUUUUUCUGUGCAGCGUCAUCAGCAGGUGAUCGAAGAGUCCCAGCGUCUGACUGACCUGCUGACGGGGUAACUCUGCGUCCGUCACAUCGGUAAAUUACAAACGUGGUCACAUCGAGUUUGAAACGCUCUUUUCUGAUUCGUUUGACCCUCCAGGAGUGUGAAUGACGUCUUCGCUGAACCCGAGAGCCGAGGGGAAGACGAGAAUGAGGACACAGAGGGAGGAGCCUGUCGCCUGUGGGUGGAGCAGUUCUCGCCUCGCCACUACACCGAGCUGCUGAGUGAUGAUGUCAGUCGUGGUCAGAGUUAACCCUUCGUAAGAGUCCAAGUUUGGUGUCAUGAUGACAACUCUGUGCAUGUCUGCUUUCUUUGUUGUUGUAGUUCACCAACCGCUGUCUGCUCAAGUGGUUGAAACUUUGGGACACUGUCGUGUUUGGGAUCGAGAGGAAGUCCCGCCCUGCUCGCCCUGACAGACAGGCUCCGACUCAGAACAAACCCAAUCAGAAUCAGAACCGCUUCAAGAGCAAAGUGGAGAUGACGGAGGAGCUGCUGGAGGCCGAGCUGGACCAGUACAAACGGCCCAGAUUCAAGGUGAACACUGAGAAGACCUCCAGCCUGUUUCAGCCUCUUCACUCUUACAUGAACUUGAACAUGUUCUGGUCUCUCUGUAGGCGGCGCUGUUGUCCGGUCCUCCUGGAUUAGGGAAAACCACCCUGGCUCAUGUCAUAGCAAAGCAUGCUGGGUACAAUGUGGUGGAAAUCAAUGCCAGGUUAGACCUAAAACUGAGAAUGAACCCAGAAACUUUAAUAAACGGUCAAAGUCUGGUGUGUGAUAACAACCCUGUCACGUCUCUGCAGCGAUGACCGCAGUGCGGAGGUUUUCCAGAAACGCAUCGACACGGCCACGCAGAUGAAGUCGGUUUUAGGAGCCAAUGAGAAGCCGAACUGCCUCAUUAUUGAUGAAAUCGAUGGAGCGCCAGCAGUACGUACCGAACCCUGAACCCUGAACCCUGAACCCUGAACAUGUCUGAGUCUGUGACCUGAACUUUAAAAUCCAAAUCUGUGAAAAAAGUGAGUUUGAUUCUGUUCAGAAGCUGCAGACAAACUCCUGUGGGAGAUGAUGUCAGCUGAAUGUUGGCGUGGAUAUGACACGUCUCAGGUCUGAUCAGUACUGAGCAUGUGCAGAUCAGAGUUCAGUUGGAUGGUUUCGGGUCGGAACAAAUGUUUCUCUUCACAAACUAAAAGUCUUUUCAGUUUUUCUUUGGUUCUGAUUUCUUCUUCGUUGGUGUUUGACAGGCUGCCAUCAACAUUCUGUUAGCGACUCUAAACAGGAAGGACGGACAUGGCGGUGAGGUGGGCACAGAACCAACAAAGCAACAGAAGAAGAAGAAGAAAGAGUCCAUCCUGCUUCGACCCAUCAUCUGCAUCUGUAACGACCUGUGAGAGAGAGAGAGAGAGAGAGAGAGAGAGAGAGAGAGAGAGAGAGAGAGAGAGAGAGAGAGAGAGAGAGAGAGAGAGAGAGAGAGAGAGAGAGAGAGAGAGAGAGAGAGAGAGAGAGAGAGAGAGAGAGAGAGAGAGAGAGAGAGAGAGAGAGAGACAGAGAGAGAGACAGAGAGAGAGAGACGCUCUCAUGUGGAAAUGUUCAAACACGCUGAAGCUCGACUGAAGACCCUCUGUAUCUUCUCAGGUAUGUUCCAGCUCUCAGACCGCUCAGGCAGCAGGCCUUCCUCCUGACCUUCCCCCAGACUCAACCUUCUCGCCUGGCACAGAGACUCGCAGAGGUUCGUAUGCUCACAUUCACACCAAACAGACGGGAAGGAAUACAGUCUUGACAGAAGAACUGACAAGUUCCAUGAAGAUCUUUGUCUCAAUUUACAAAUCUGGGAGUGGAAAGAAAUUAAUAAAUUAAUAACCGACAGGAAGUGAGGUGAAUCCAGGUCAAACCUGAGCUUUUGUUUGCAGAUCUCACUGCGACAGGGGAUGAGGACAGACACGGGGACGCUGAUGUCUCUGUGUGAGAAGACAGACAACGACAUCAGGUCCUGUAUCAACACACUGCAGGUGAGGGAGUGAGGCCGUCUCUGUUAGAUAUACCAGCAGGUAACCUGGAGAGGUGGGAGUUAUUCAUGAGUAUAUUUGAUGUGUGCAGUUCCUCCACGGUCGGGGCCUGAAGAAAGUGGACACCAGGACCAUCCAGUGUGUCUCUGUGGGACAGAAGGACCAGAACAAAGGCUUGUUCCACCUGUGGCAGGAGAUCUUCCAGUUACAUCGGGUCAAACGGUACUUUGUGUCCGGCCAGAGCGUGUCAGAGAUUUAGUUCAGAGCCGAGUCUGUUUAGAUGUUCAGACUGUGGACAUGUAAAGAUGGACGGUGUGUCUCCACCUCCCUGACUGCAAAAGUGAAGCUCUGUAUAACUCAUUCUUCAGUCAGUCAGCAGGGGGAGCUCCAAACGCCCGGACUCGUGAACAGGAAGGUGAUGGUUCUUACUUGUUCUUGCAGGAAGCGUAUCGGCGAGGCGUUUGAGGAGGCUCCAGGUUCAGGAGGUGGAGCUCAGAGGUUUCAGCACCUCUUACAUUUAGCGUCCUCUAGUGGAGAAUACGAGAAGGUCUCUCAGGUAAUGAAAACAUCUCCCACAUGUACAAAGUAGAAGUAUGUGAACGGCGUCUUCACGAGUCUGUGCUGGUUUUAAUCCUCUGGAGACACACGUUACACGUGACAUGAACAUGUGUGUCUCUCCUCAGGGUCUGUAUGAAAACUACCUGUCCAUGCGUGUGAGGGAUCCAAACCUGGAGAGCGUGUGUGAGGCUCUGGAUUGGCUGAUGUUCUCAGACAGACUGAAUCAGGUGAUUCUGCACGGACAGAACUUCACCCUGAUGAGAUACCUGCCCUUCCUGUCCGUGACGUUUCAUUUCCUCUUCGCUCACACACACGUUCCCCGGAUCAGCUACCCCCACAGCCAACAAGAGGUACAGAGAUACACGAUGAAAACACAAACAAAAGGAGUAGAGAUGAGACAUGUUUCUUUACAGUUCAUCUUUAACCUCUGAGUCGUACAUGUUCCCUCUCCAGGCCACCUCCAAGAUCCUCACCAGCAGAAACGCUUUGUCCACCAUGUUAGCAGACAUCCCAGCAUGCAUCAGAACAAGGAUCAGCCAGCUCAGCUUGACCCUUGAUGUCCUCACCCUGCUCCUCGACAUCAUCUGUCCCAAACUACGGCCGGUAAGUUCAGCGUUCGUGUGGAGCUUCAGGAGGUCGUAAAUAUUAUAAACAAGAGGUUAAGAUGUUCGACGUAGAAACUCAGCGAGAGACUCAGAGGACCCGAACCUGCAGGGACCAGAACUGAGCCGAGUGGAGAAAGUCUUUACAGGUUUUAUUACCUCCACCGUUCAGCUGAGAGGGAAGCCCGGAUUCUGAUUGGGCCUUUUCAGGUCAGCUGACUCUAGAUGCAGCCUCUAAUUGGUUGACAGACCAAAACAGUGAAAGCAGUCUUCCAUGAGUACAGUUAGCGAACAACAGAACUGCAAUAAAACUCUUAAAAUGGAGACGAUACCAUGUGAUGAUGAUAAUGAUAAUAAAAAUGAUAAUGAUGAUAAACAUGAGAAUAACAAUAAUGAUGAUAAUAAUAAUGUUGAUAAUAACAAUGAUUAUAAUGAUAAUAAUAAUGAUGAGAAUGAUACGGUAAUAAUGACAAUGAUGAUAAUGAUAAAAUAAUGAUGAUAAUUAUUAUGACAAUAAUAUCAUACGGUAAUAAUGAAAAUUAUGAUAAUGAUAAAAUAAUAAUGAUGAUUAUAACAAUAAUGAUAAAAUAAUAAUAACAAUGAUUAUAAUAAUGAUAAAAAUAUUGAUAAUAAUAAUAAUAAUAGUAAUAAUACAUUUUAUAUGUAUAGUGCUUUUUACAGGAGCACUAUAAUGAUUAUAAUUAUGAUAAUAAUAAUGAUAAUGGUGACAAUUAUGAUAAUGAUGAAGUAAUAAUUAUAAUGGUAAUGAUAAUAAAAAUAGUUAUCAUGAUAAUAAUUGUUAUAAUAAUGAUAAUAAUAAUAAUAAUAAUAACCAUGAUAAUGAGUAUUAUAAUAAUGAUAAAAAUCAUGAUAAUGUUAACAAUAAUAAUAAUAAAUAUAAUGAUGAUAGUAGUAGUAGUAGUAGUUAAAACUGUUUCUGAUACUCUGAUCUCCUCUGUGGGAUACUGACACUCCAGGAUGUUGUAGAAACACCUGAAACACUCGUUUCUGACACAGCACUGUGAGCUCCAUGAUUACGGACUCACUUGUUGGUCCUGCUGGCUGCUUCUCCUCAACGUCACAAUGAUCCAGUUCUGAUCUGGAACUGGGUUUUGAUUCCCAGUCUGCUUCGUUCUUGGUCACAGAAGAUUUUUUUUGUCUCUUUCCAGCAAUGACACCUACGCUUAUUAGUGUCUUUUAGAAACAUACUGAGGACCCUUCUGCUCUCUGCUCGAGUUCUCAUGACAGGAUUCACUCUCCGGACUCAUGCCUCGUUUUUCUCCUUCCAGGUGAAUCCUCAGCUCUUCAGCAGCAGAGAGAAGGAGCAGAUGCGGGAGCUGAUAGACACCAUGCUGGCUUACAACCUCUCGUACAGGCAGGACCGCACGCCUGAGGGACAGUACACAUACCUGCUGGAGCCGUAAGUACACACUCAUGCACUGGGCUCGGACACAUGCAGAGCAGAUGUGUGUUUCUGGGGUGUUGAAGGUCACUGCUCUUGUCCAAACUGUGGUUCACCGCAUGGAGGCUUAGAGACUAAUCCCCUUAACACCAGGUGUGUGUGGGAUGCAUAAGUGUGUGUGUUUGAUGGUGAGGGAACAAACAGAGUACCAAGCCUCAGAUCCUGUCAGGUCGGGUGCUGGUGGAGUGAGAAACAGCUGAUCUUGAGGACUGAGAGACCUUAUCCAUCGUGAAGCUCUGUGCUUCGUGACCUCUGAGGACGGCAGAGACGGCGGCGUUGGUGAGAUGGGAUAACUGGCCAUCAUGCCGUCCCAGGCCGAUCAUCAGCCCAGCUCUCAGGGCGGCUCCUUCCUGCAGGCUCGCUGUGACGAGGUCCUGGUCACCAACGACUGGUGCCUCCCUCUGGUUUUAGCGUUGCUGCUUCUCCUCCUCAUCUACACCUUUCUCUACCUGCCCUCUCUGGCCCACCACAACACCACCCUCUGACACCUCAUGGAAACAGACUCAGAGCAGCGCCGUGGAUGUAACCCUUUGAUAUUUGAGGAGGCGGGUGCACCCACACCAAACGGGGCUAUUUGAUUGGACUGCUCCUUUUUUUUGGACGCUGUUGGUGAUUGGUCAGACCGUGGCAGAGAUUUUGGAGUUGCUUGGGAGAGACAGGUGGAGUAAGCAGUGGAGAAGAUGGAGAGGAAUUCACACUGAUGUUCCUGUUUAUGUCUAUGAAAUAUUUCAUUGUCUUAACUGAAGAAGACGCUUGGCCACGUUACCAUGACGAUGAGUUUAAAGAGGUUCAUUCCUCUGUAGACGGUUAGUCUGCUCUCUCAGCUCAGUUUGAUGAAGACGAGCGUACUCUUCCUCACUUGAGGCUUCACUUUAAUUCGUAACAUUGAGAGAGAAGCGGAGUCAUCGUAGAACCUCAUCCUCAUCACCAUCAUCAUUAUCGUCAUCACCAGCAUCAUCAUCACAUUCAUCAUCACUCAUCAUUAUCAUCACUGUUAUCUUCAUCAUCAUCACCACCGUCAUCAUCAUCCUCAUCACUGUCAUCACAAUCAUCCUCGUUAUCGUCACCCUCCUCUUCAUCAUUCUCAUUUGUCAUCUUCAUCAUCACCAUCAUCAUCACAAUCAUCCUCAUCCUCCUCUUCAUCAUUUCUUUUGUCAUUAUCAUCACACUCCUCAUCAUUAUCUUCAUCAUUAUCAUCACUGUCAUCAUCAUCAUUACCAUUACCCUCAUCCUCAUCACUGUCAUCUUCAUCCUCAUCAUCACCAUCAUCAUUGUCAUCACAAUCAUCCUCGUCACUAUCAUUAGCCUCAUCAUCAUCAUCACACUCAUCAUCAUUUUCAUCAUCAUCAUCCUCAUCAUCCUCAUCUUCCUCCUCAUCAUUCUCAUUUGUCAUCAUCACACUCAUGAUUAUUAUCCUCAUCAUCAUCAUCACCAUCAUCCUCAUCAUCCUCCUCACCCCCCUCCUUAUCAGUCAUUUAUCGUCAUCAUCACAUUCAUCAUCAUUAUCCUCGUCAUUAUCAUGAGCGUCAUCAUCAUUAUUAUUUUCUCAUAAUCAUCACUGUCAUCAUCAUCCUCACCAUCAUCUUCAUCAGUAAUGUCAUCCUUAUUCUCAUCAUUAUUCUCAUCAUCAUCAUCAUCAUGUCAGCUUCGCCGUCAUUCUCCUCCUCCUCCUUAAUUUUAACAGAUCGUUCAGAUGAGAACCUGACUUAGAUAGAUAGAUAGAUAGGUAGUUAGAUAGAUAGAUUGAUAGAUAGAUAGAUAGACUUUAUUGAUCCCAAACUGGGAAAUUCACUUUAUUUAUUUAUUUAUUUUUUUAAGAUAGAUAGCUGGUAAAAAUUUCUCACUCGCACUCAGAAACUGAUCUUAUUUUGACUUUUUUCAUGUUGUUCAGGCGUCGAGCGAGAGUUUACUGUCCCACACUGUGUGUGUGUGUGUGUGUGUGUGUGUGUGUGGUAGAAUGAUGGAGGUCAUCUGUAAGAGGAUUAAGGUUUUAUAGAGUGACAGAGUCGGGUUUAUUCUGAAAACAUAAACCACAGAAUCCAGACGUGAACCUUUUUGUCUUUUCUCUCAGGUUCUCGUCUCUCUCAUCUCUGUGCUGCCGCUGUUGUUGUCGUCUGUUUGUGUUCUUCUUACAGAUAUUUUCUUAUUUCUGUUUGUGCGCUCACAGGCGAGUGGAGGAGGUAGUGAGGUUUCCUGGCCUUCCUACGCGCCGUCAGCUGACGUAUCAGGCCAAACAAACGAUCAGCAGAGAGAUGGAGCAGGAGAAGAUGAGGAGAGCCGAGCAGAUGAUGCUGCAGAGAAACCCUGUAAGGAUGAGAGACACGUGUGAUAAGCAGCAGAUGGUGGUGGUGGUGGUGGGGUUUAUACAGGACAGUCUGCUGACAGUGGGGUCAGUCUGUGUCGAUGAUCGUCUGUUUUUAUAAUCCUCUGUUUCUGCAUGAAGAAGAGAGAGGGCGACAAAAAGAGUGAAGGGCCGAAACCCAGCAGGAACCACGAGCAGAGGCUGGAGAACAUCGUCAAACAGACCACGGUGGAGAGCAGGGUGAGGCAGAGAAACCGACUCACUGUCUGUCGUUUGAUUUCCUGUUAAAAAAAAGUCUCACAAUCAUUCCCAAGAAGCAACAGCUCGAUCCUGGAGCAGCACCUGGUGGUGGAGGAGGAGAGAUCCAGAAAACAUCUGUACUGUGUGAUGAUAACGAAGGGUUCAUCCAGUGUGGAGGAGGAGGAGGAGGAGGAGGAGGAGGAGGAGGAGGAGGAGGAGGAGGAGGAGGAGGAGGAGGAGGAGCUGAAAUUAGAAAUCAGAGGAUAUUACAAUUUUUCAGCUACUCCCCCUUCAUUUUGCUAUUUAUAUAGUCUACCAAAACAAGAGUGUCAACUAUUGAAAAGCAUAUUGACCAUGUUUUAUAUUGAUAUUGAGGGAAAUUAAUUUUAGAUUUAUAUUGUUAUCGUUUUAUCGCCCAGCUCUACUUUAGGAUGUUUGUUUUAUUUCAUAUCAGGGAAGAACUCUGGAGCUUUCAGGUCACCAACCCUAACCCUAAUACAGAGCUCUUCCUUCAAUUAUUAUUAUUAUUAUUAUUAUUACUACUGUGACUGAAUGACAAAGUGAAUAAACUCACUCACAGUCAGAGGGAGAGUUUGAUGAUGGACGCAGAAGUCCAGUUUGUUGAACUGAACUCAGUCGUUGUUCUGAGUUUGGAUGAAAACACAUGAAAUGAUCUAAUUAGUUCAGGGUCCAGCCUCCCAGAGCUGUGUGACGCCUGUGGGUGGCGCCAGAGAGGGCCAGCAGGCGUGUUUAAAUAGAGCAGAGAGAGAGAGAGAGAGAGAGAGAGAGAGAGAACCUCUGGAGGACAGAAACCAGGAUAAUGAGAAGCCACUGGGUUCGAGUCCCUGAUGGUGGAGCUGUUAAAUGAGGCUAAUGAGAGGUUCACUGUGUGUGUGUGUGUGUGUGUGUGUGUGUGUGUGUGUGUGUGUGUGUGUGUGUUGUAAUUGACCUCGUUCUGAAGGACGUCUCUAAACUCCAUGAUCACCCCCACGUUAACUCUCUCUCUGACUCUCUCUCUCUCUCUCCCUCUCUGUCUCUCUCUCUCUCUCUCUCUCUCUCUCUCUCUCUCUCUCUCUCUCUCUCUCUCUCUCUCUCUCUCUCUCUCUCUCUCUCUCUCUGUCUCUCUCUGUCUCUCUCUCUCUCUCUCUCUCUCUCUCUCUCUCUGUCUCUCUCUCUCUCUCUCUCUCUCUCUCUCUCUCUCUCUCUCUCUCCCUCUCUGUCUCUCUCUCUCUCUCUCUGUUUUUUUGAUCUGCAGCCCGAGGUGGACUUCUUCGGCCGAGCUGUCGCCCUCAAACCUCAGAGACCUCAGCCGUCCUCAGACUCAGGUACGCUCUGACAUCACUCAGCUGUCCCGAACCUUCACACGCCGUUAAGCGGAAAAAUGCUGCGAGGCACAUCUGGUCCAAACCCACAGCUGAGGCCGUAACUGACGCGUGUUAUGUAACCCCGCUAAUUCAGAUCUCCAGAGAGACGCUGCAGACUGAGAACGUUAGUGCCGCCUGAGUACCGUAGGAAACAUUCCUGUUAACAUCGGGCCUGAUGGGCAGGAUCCUGGGGAUCCUAAAAGACUGAUCUGGAUCAGUUUCCAAAGGCCCUGGAGUUCUCUUAGCUGUAAAAACCUCCUGACAGUCCCGGAUCACGUUUUGUGGAAACAAACGGGAUGUCUGUGUUGGGAUGCACCUCAGUCCUGGUCUAAAAAUAACACAUCUGCAUAAACAAUCGAGCAGAAAGGUUCUGGUCUGGAGCUCCGAUUGAACCCCCAUCCAUGAAUCUUUGAAGAAACACGGUGAGCGGACACUCCUGACCCCCUGAGAACUCCACCCUGCUCUAUAUUCCCAGGACAGACGAGCAGCUUAAGCGCUAAAAUCAAAGUGCACCCAUCGAAACGACCGACCUCUCUGAAAGCGCCGCAUUACUCAGAUUGAUCAGCGCUCCUCUAAUCGCGGCGCUAAUGCGGAGCUGCGGCUGUUUUGAGGUCAAACCAGGAGAAUAAAUCAACAGGCGGAGUCCUUUACUGUCAACUCUGAGCGCGUUUCUCUGAACCGUCAUCUGUCCUCCUGUUCGCUUUAAUCUGCUCAAAAAAACAAACCUGCAGUUUGGUGUUCUCGCCUUUCUGGACCCUGAACGUCAGUCUGGAACGCUCACCGGGUCUCUGAAUACGUGUGCGCCCUUCGUAUGCUGUGCUUCAUCUUGAUGGUUCCCCUGAAUAAACGCACAGAGGACCAUAUAUUUGUGUAAAUCUGAGUUUCUAGUUCCUGAUUGAAUCAGUUAAAGGAGUUUAUUCUCCCGAUUCAACCGAUGGAUAAGAAAUGUUGUGAUGUGACAUGAUAUUAUCAAAUUGAGAAACUACCUUGGCUGGAAUAAAUAGAAAAAAAACUAAAGUUGAUUCAAACCCUUCCAAAAUAAAAGCGAUUAGAGCAGGAAGUACGUAUUUUGGUCUACUGUGAAUAUAUUUUAUUUUUUGGGGCUUAGUUUUAUGUUUGUAAUGUUCGUAUAAUUUUUUUAUGAAUUCCUGUGUUCAACGAAGAGAAAAUACAAGACAUACAAAAAAUUCCCAUAAUGCUUUUCCUCUUUUCUCCACAGGUGAGAAAAAUGCCGAGCUUUGUAUGGGAACAGCUGUGGGCAACAGUGACGUUUGUUUCCGCUUCAACGAGGGGAUGUCCAACGCCGUCAGACGAAACAUUUACAUCCGAGACCUGCUGUAG